AUGGCGGAUCAGGCGGUUGCCACGCCAUCACCCCAGCCCGAUCUAAAUCGGAACCGGCUACCGACCUUGUUCGAGGUGCUGAGCCGGCGAACGCUCCCUCCAGUCGACCUGUUCUCGUUCUAUAUCUACAUGAGAGAUCAGCAACGCUCGGUGGACUACCUUGACUUCUGGCUCGAUGUCGCGCAACAUAUGACCUUAUGCCGGCACUACGUCCGUGAACUACGCAGGUCCGUCCUCGUAGGGACGCCGGAUGCUGAGAAGGGCCCUGGUUCCAAACGAUCUUCAGCUUAUCUCGAGGGUCUCGGAGAGAUGAGCCACCCUGCUGCCGGACCUUCUAUGUAUGCUACGGACAAGGAGAAGGACCAGGAUGCGCAGAUGUCGGCCUUCUUGCGUGACGAAGCAUCAUUCGUCGCCCACACCUCGCCACAGAGCAGCAACGACAGGAGCCACAGGCCGAGUCCUAAUAUGAGCACGCCACGGGACCUGACGACUGACUCUAAUUCACCGGCACAUACCGUUGCAAGACAAGAUAUUCGAGCCUCGGCCGAGAAGAUUCUGUACACAUUCUUGCUCCCGGGUGCUGAACGAGAGAUCGUCCUGCCCGGAUCCAUCACGCAAGAUGUGACUACCAACAUCGAGGAGUAUGGUCGCGAUGACCCCGAGGUGUUUGAUGUUGCCAAGGACUACGUAUUCCAAGCCAUGGAACGAGACGCUUUCCCCGGCUUUUUGCGGAUGAAGGCUCUCGGUAACUUGAUUCCACCUACGCUGAUCAUGCGACUUAUCAUCGGCAUGAUCUGCAUGUUUGGAGGAUUCUGGGCCGCUUUCGUCUUGAUCUUCCUUGAUAAGUCACGGCAAACCCGACUUUGGCUCAUUCUCCCCUUCACACUCGGAGUGUACUUCUUGGCCUCAUACCAGUAUUCUCUGGACCCCAUCCUCGCACUCAUCGGCCUCAGCGAGUACACGCCAUUCAACUUCUCCCGCAUUCGCGAGCCGUAUGUCCGGAAACUCCUCGCUAAGCGGGCCAUCAUGGUCCUAGCUGUCACCGCCAUAAUCGAUGCUGGGCUGCUCGUUCUCUUCAUCCUGGUUCCUGGGAAGAGGCUAUGA